GGCUCCGAAACGCCGCGACGACGACGAUCGACGCCGAAAACGGAUAUACACGCCUCGGAAUCACGGCGAUCGCGCCACGCUUCGCUCGGCUGAGAAUCUCCCUCGCUGGCGAGUGUCCUCCGCUCCGGGGGUGACUCUCGUCGCGCGCGGCCUCAUCGGAGGAGGAGGGGGUUAGUGUCAUCGUCCGACUCCUAUCAUCGCAGCCGUCCAUAUAUCGCCAUCGUGUCUGUCAUCAGCGGCCCAAGGAAGCCAGCAUCGGCCCGACCAAGAGAAUUCGCCGUGUCCUCGGCGUCGACAUGAUGCGCGGGUUGUGAACUUCCGUCUUCGAUGCGAGGGGACCUCUUGAGUUAGACGCGGCACAAAAAGGAACUGCGACAAUGUGAACGUACAAGCGCACGCAAAUGCCCAACAAGGCGCGGCCUCAUCAAGAGUGGUCUCCCCAAUCCCCCAUAGAUGUCUUAUGGAUGCCUCGCUCCGCCAUGAGGCCGGCCGAGGGUGACGCGUCGGAUUGCAUCCUGGUGGUCGGCGUGUCCCGGCCGAAGGUGGCCGCCGCUUUCUUGUCGGUCGCCCUGUUGUCUCUCUUCCUCACUUUUCACAUGCUUUACGACAGCGCGGUUUACAGCCUGCACGCGGUCUCCGCCGUCGAAGGACGCACCGUCGAGCUCGUCUCCCAAGUACGUGCGACGCCGCCCCUGCUCUUCACCAACAAGGUCCACUUCCCGCGCACGAAUCGCCAUCUACCCCAGGCGAUCAUAAUCGGCGUGCGCAAAUGCGGCACGCGUGCCCUGCUGGAGAUGCUGUUCCUCCAUCCGCAGAUACAGAAGGCGGCCGGCGAGGUGCACUUCUUCGACCGCGACGACAACUACGGCAAGGGUCUGGAGUGGUACCGGCGUAAGAUGCCGUACUCCUUCAAGGGGCAGAUCACCAUCGAGAAGAGCCCGAGCUACUUCGUCACUCCGGAGGUGCCCGAGCGGAUCCGCGCGAUGAACAGUAGCGUCAAGCUGCUGCUGAUCGUGCGCGAGCCCGUCACCAGGGCGAUCUCGGAUUACACCCAGCUGCGUACGCACGCGGCCACCGCGUCCACCUUGUUGACCAAUGGCACGCCGCAGCAAGUGGCGCGCAGUUUCGAAGAGCUGGUGAUGCGACCGGAUGGCAGCAUCAACGAGUCCUACAGGCCGGUCGCCAUCUCCCUCUACCACACCUACAUGCACCGCUGGCUGGAGGUGUUCUCGCGCGAACAGAUCCUUAUAGUGAACGGCGACCAGCUGAUCGAGGACCCGGUGCCGCAGCUGCGACGUAUCGAGAACUUCCUCGGGCUGGAGCCGCGCAUCGGCAGGCACAACUUCUACUUUAACCACACCAAGGGUUUCUACUGCCUGAGGAACGAGACGUCGGAGAAGUGUCUGAGGGAGAGCAAGGGUAGACGUCACCCGCGCGUCAGUCCGAUGGUCGUGACCAAGCUGAGGAAGUUCUUCAACGAGCACAAUCAACGCUUCUACGAGCUGGUUGGCGAGGACCUCGGCUGGCCGGAGGAAUAACCAUCGUGGUGAGUCCGUUCGCCUCCACCUCCUGGCGCAGCCACUGUGGGAUCAAACGCCGACAGACACCGGCGAGGAUAAGUAGCUCUUUAUCAUAGAUUAUCGAUUUAUUUACUCUCGACGGCGUCGAGAUCCCCGUGAGGAGGUUCUCGUUAACAGCGCGUCUCGUUGAUCAAACGUGUUGGACAAAAGUAUACAGAGACACGCACACAUUCUCACGUACACAUACACGCAUACAAGUUACAGUAACGCCGGCCAAAAUAAGAUGGGGGUCCGCGCCGUUUCGGACCCGCGCGCGCGUAUCCCCACGACGCGCGGAUCAUCACGUUGUUGGUCCGUGGACUUUACAUAUCAAUUUUACAUAUCGAUAGUUUACAUAUCAAAUAGGUUAACUAGUUGGUACGACAAAGAUUGAAUAUUUUUAUAAUCCACAUUGGAAGUUGUUAUAUCGCUUACGUCGUUAAGGAUAUAUAUAUAUAUAUAUAUUACGUAACGCGGAGAGGAGGAGGCACUCUCUCUCUCUCGCGCACAAUCGUAGACACGAUCGCACGCACGACUCACGAUCCCCGUCGUACACAUAAAUAAGCACUCGCUGUAACGCCGAUGAUUGGUUUCCUCCUCUUGCUCCGAGGGGAAGAAGGUAUCGAAAUUUAUGUUAUGCGAUCCCUCUGAGCUCCCUUUUCUUCGUGCGCCUCGCAUGAAGAAAAGUGCACGACGAGCUUCCCUCCGCUGUUCUCUGA